GCGAGAGAGAGUCUGCUGUGGUGGUGUUGGAAAUUGGACGACAUGAGCUCUACAUGAACCGUGUAAAAUGCUUUAAGACGCUUCCGGCGUUUGUCUUUCAUCCGUCUAAACCAAGGACGAGCCUGAAGCGGAGCUAUACUUCACGACCAGGUGUAACACAGUCUUAAGCCUGAGGGGGGCAGAAUGCCGGAGCAGAGCAACGACUAUCGUGUGGUGGUGUUUGGGGCAGGGGGAGUGGGGAAGAGCUCCCUGGUCCUGCGCUUCGUGAAGGGCACCUUCAGGGACACCUACAUCCCUACAGUGGAGGACACCUACCGCCAGGUGAUCAGCUGCGAUAAGAGCGUGUGCACCCUCCAGAUCACCGACACCACAGGGAGCCACCAGUUCCCGGCCAUGCAGCGCCUGUCCAUCUCUAAAGGUCAUGCCUUCAUCCUGGUCUACUCCAUCACGAGCAAACAGUCCCUGGAGGAGCUCAAACCCAUUUACCAACAGGUCUUGGCCAUUAAGGGCAAUGUUGAGGCCAUUCCCAUCAUGCUUGUGGGCAACAAGAGCGAUGAGACCCAGCGGGAGGUGGAGACCAAGGACGGGGAAGCCCAGGCCAACCAGUGGAAGUGCGCCUUCAUGGAGACAUCGGCCAAGACCAACCACAACGUCACUGAGCUCUUCCAGGAGCUCCUCAACCUGGACAAGAAGAGGAACAUGAGCCUCAAUAUCGACGGCAAGCGCUCGGGGAAGCAGUCCCGCGCAGAGAGACUGAAGGGCAAAUGCAGCGUGAUGUAAAAAUCCAGGAGAGGAGGAGGUGGAGGAGGUGGAGGCGAGAGAGGGGGGAGGAAAUACAGAGGAAAGGAAGAAGAGAAGGAAAAUGAGAGAGGAGAGACUCACUAAAUGUAUCACUCAGAGCAAAAUGUCUGCAAGGCAGUGGGAAUCUCAUCAUCCACAUCCUCCUCCGUUUGACUGGUGCAUUCACAAACACAACUCAGCUGUUAUUUUGAAAACAUACAGGGUUUCAGUUUGGAGCUUUACAUCCAUGUGCAUUCUACUAUAAGGAGAAAUGAGGGGCACUGACGCAGAAGCAAAUUAAAAACGAGAAGAGUGCGUCACAGUCGGAAAACAACGUGGGUGUGGACUUUUGCAUCAUCCAAGUGCCACAAAACCAAGACGUCGGACUGCAAUAAAGACCACAGACUGCAGCACCCCUUGAAAAAACACUGAAGGUUUCUGAUCUACACAAAAGUGUCCUCUCUCACUUCUACACCCACCCAUCCCUGCUCAGCUCACUCCUUAACUCCCCCCCUCAUCAUCCCAGCACCCUCAUCCUUUGCAUACUAUAACAAAUAUAGAGAAACGUAAUGUAUAAGUAACAGAGUCAACACAGUUAGUUAGCUCACUCAUCUGGUAGAAACACUAUUUUAAGAGACUGAGGUGUCCGUCAUGCUAGAAAGCACAGGACCCCCUGAAGGUUUGAGACUGCUAGCAUGAACAACACGCGUUACAGCAGCAAAACGUAUGACUGGGCUACAUCCCAGAGCCACUCCUGAGGACUCUGAUGUAAAUAAACAUGGGAUAUUUAAAUAUAUUCCAUCUAGUCUACACAUGCCCUGCCCAAACUAGUAUAUCAGCCACAGGAAUAUGGUGAGGUUCGACGCAUUAAAGCUUAAAUUCGUGGCUAGAGGACAAAUCUUAUCAUCUUCUCAUCCUAACCAUCCCUCUUGAAAGAUAAAAAAAGACCUUACUUUUCCUUUAUCAACCUGUCGUAAUGUUAAAAACUCAUCUGCAGACUCUCUAAAUGUCCUCAUCUGAAGUGGAGAAGCAUCCAGCGGCAGGGUAUGCACACACACGCUACUGAUACGACGCAACAAUCCUUUUAAGACUCUCAUCUACUGUAGAAUAACUCUGGAUGAAAAGAAAGCUGGACUCUCAUCAAAGUACGAAACAGAAAUACAAGCCUGCCUUGUCUAUGAGGAUGAUACACUUGGAUAAUCUUUGCCAAGCUGGUAAGACAGAAAGCAAACUGGGAGGAUUUUUGGUUCUGAGGGUGAGAAUGUCAGUUUGCUUUGGCACUUUUCAUGUGAAGGUUUCUCUUCUUUUGCCUUUCUUUUUCUUGUUUGUUUGUGUUAUGAUGCUCUUUAAAUUCAUGUAAAAGUAAAAAGAAAACCCUCCUUAAACAAAAAGCACACAGAGAAAGAUAAAUAAAAUAAGGGAUGGAUGUAAAAUUGCUCCAUGCUGAUUAUUCAGUGCGACCUGUAUUGGUAAUUCUGUUUCCUCUUUGGUUGGUUUGGUCACAUUACCUCUCAUACGCUAAUGCAGGCAUCGGUAAACAGGAAACAGAAUGGGUCACACACACACAUAAACACACACACACACUGCAUGCGCACAAAUGCAUCCAUGCAAGCGUCAAAACAAAAAAGUCAAUCUGUGUAACACUGUUGACGGAUUACAUGAAGACAAACAGGGGCUCGCUCAGCCUAAAUGCCCUCACAUUGCACUUUAUAUCAUAAACACACACACAACUGCAAUUUGUUUUUGUUUUUUGCCUAUAUUAUGUAUUAAUGAUCUCUGCUUAAUACAGAAUAUCCUCUUGGAGCCAUUAAAUAGCUCUACUGUAUGUCCAAAGUGCAUGUAUACACCUUUUUUUUCCACACAGGAGCUCUGAAUAUUGUCCACAGUGUACACAGGACAGCCAAAAGCACAAUACUUUUUUACCAACAUAUCUAUUUGUACAUUUUUUUGUCAAUCUUUUUUGUAUAUUGUUUUCUUUUUUGUCUUCUUUGUUCAAUUUUCAUCUUUAACAUUCAUUCAUCAGUCCUGAACAUGGAGGAACAAGCGCAUCAUGAUCUAGCUCUCCGUCUCGAUGUAG